AGAGAGAGAGAGAGAGGAGAGGGGGAGACGCGGACGGAAAGGCAGGAAGGAAGGAAGGAAGGGAGACAAGUGAAGGAAUGAAUGAAGUGGAUGAACGAGCGGAGAGUCUACAGGGGAAUUCGUGAGAGGUGAAUCUGAGGCACUGCGCCGGUCGAUGACGAUAUUAUUCUGCAUGCGGAGACAGCAUCAAGGUUUUGGCAGCUGCCAUUGGACAGGGGCACGGGAGAUUGGCAACGUCGACACACACAGGCAGGCCGGAGUCGUUACCUGCGCCGCGAACGAGACCGUUCGUUAUUAAUUUUCAUGCCCAUUUUGUGAUUUCCUGUUCACCCUGCUGCUGAUAUGCUGCUGAUAUGUAAGCGGUCAUCAGCUGCGAAGAAUCUGCGUGGAGCGCGUAUCAAAUCUGUUAUCCAUACCCGGCUUGUUGCUGCUGAGCCCGUCAGAUUGCAUUAUGCCCAUUCCGUGUAACUCAUUCGCUCCGGUUGCGUGCGCGGGGGCGACCAUGCAGGGCACAUGCUGUUUAAUGCAAGAGUUGACUUGAUCUCGCGCUUUCAGCCCUCAUCUGAAUUUUUUUUUUUCUUCAUGGUGGUCUACCAUGGAAGGCAAUCACACCUGUAGGAUUGAGUCUUAGACCUGUUUCAGACACUAUCUGACCGGCCCCCACCUCGUUUUUAUUGCGUCUAGCCCUAAAUUUUAGGAAGUUCGACACUGCCAGGUAGACGCACUUGGUGCGAUGUGCCAGCUUAAGUGUUGAAGGUGAGGCUUAAGCAGCACUCCCAGUCCGAUCCCCCUGGCUGUCCAACUCUGUAGUCGGAGGACUAGCACAAUCAGAACGGUGUUUGGACUAUGUAAAAUGUCAAUCGAAGGGACGUCUUCUUGAAGAGCCGCAAUUGCGAGGACUUGGUAAUAAUUGUUUUGCUUCGUGUCCACGCUGUGAGACACUCCAGGGGUAGCUGAAAGUGUUCGAUUGAGUGUGUUCGGAACAGGAAACGUCACGAUAGCUGUCCUUGAAGCCUCUAUUGUAGUUGCAGUUCUAGUGGUCAGACUCUGAAUUGGUUCCUAGGAGGAAUGUCUUAAUUGGAGAUUCAAUUGGUGGGUCUUAUCCUUACAAACUCCCUUGGGAAGUGAAAUGGUGAGUGGCGGCGACAACAGAACAAUUUUGAAGCCCCGCAAUGACGACCGCACAUACAAACAAGUGGUUCUUUCCAAUGGGCUUCAGGUUUUGCUCGUCAGUGAUCCAGACACAGAUAAGGCAGCUGCAGCCAUGGAUAUACAUGUGGGGUCAUAUAGUGAUCCGGAGGGAUUACAGGGCUUGGCUCACUUUCUAGAGCACAUGCUGUUUUAUGCAAGCGUGAAGUAUCCCAAGGAGGGGAUGUACAAAAAGUUUCUCAGCGAGCAUGGAGGGUAUGCCAAUGCUUACACCGGGCAUCAGCAUACCAAUUACCAUUUCGAUGUCAAUGCCGGUCAUUUGGAGGAAGCAUUAGACAGGUUUGCUCAGUUCUUUAUAUGUCCGCUGCUUUCUCCGGAGGCAACCUCAAGGGAGAUUCAUGCUGUUGACUCUGAGAACAGCAAGAACCUCUUAUCAGAUUCAUGGCGUCUAUGUCAGCUUCAAAAGCAUUUCAGUUCCAAGGAUCAUCCUUAUCACAAGUACGAAACAGGUAACAAGAUAACUCUCCAUACGAGACCAAAUGCAAGAGGUAUAGAUAUUCGAGAAGAACUGCUCCGCUUCUACAACAAACAGUACUCUGCUGGACUGAUGUGUCUCACAGUUUAUGGAAAAGAACCGGUGACUAAGCUUGAGAAUAUAGUGCGAAAAAAAUUCUCUCAAAUUAAAAACAACAACAUAGAAGCUCCUAGAUUCCCUGGUCAGCCAUGUCUUCCAGAGCAUUUGAAGAUAAUGGUAAAGAGCUUUCCAGUGAGGGAUCAAAAUGUAUUGGCGGUCACAUGGCCGGUUAUACCCAGCAUAAGGCAGUAUAAGAAGGGUGCAUCACAGUACGUCCAACACUUUCUUGAGAGUGAAGCCCAAGGGUCAUUAAUCGCACUCCUCAAAAAACUGGGCUGGGCCAAUAGUUUAUCUGCAAGUGAAGAUGGAACCUUGGACUACGCUUUCUUCAGCAUCUACAUGGAGCUUACUAAUGCAGGUCAAGAAAACGUACAAGAAGUCCUGAACUUUUUGUUUCAGUACAUCAAACUCUUGCAGCAGCAGGGAAUCGUGGCCUGGAUAUUCGAUGAGAAACGUGUAAUGAAUUCAACAUGGUUCAAUUUUAAAGACAAAGCAGAUCCUAUCGAGUAUGUUGUUGGCCUCUCCGACUCCAUGCAGAAUUACCCAGUAGAAGACUGGCUAGCAACAGACGCGUUGUUCUCAGACUAUGAUUUAUCAGCAAUCUCUGCACUUGCACAUCAGCUGCAGCCUCAGAAAGUCAGGAUUUUCUGCUCUUCAAAGGCUUACGAGAUGGAAGCCACCGACGUUGAGCCUUGGUAUGGCACACCCUUCAGUGUUGAAAAGAUUGACGACCUUGUUAUCAAGCGAUGGGGAGAGUCUCACGUAGAUGCAAGGCUACACCUUCCAUCACCAAAUAUUUUCCUGCCCACUGAUUUCAGCAUUAAGGUUCCAGAAGAAGAGAAGGGACACCCAAUCGUUAUACGGAAGUCAAGUUUUUCGAAGUUGUGGUACAAGCGUGGAACCGAAUUCAAAACCCCCAAGGCCUACGUGUACUUAAGUUUUAAUUGCCCCGAAUCAAAUAAUUCUCCAGAGGCCACGAUACUUACGUAUAUCUUUACCUGGCUUCUGGCUGACGAAAUGGCUGAGUAUGCCUAUUACACUGGUUUAGCUGGGCUCCAUUACAGUGUUCACGCCAGUAAAGAUGGACUCGAGGUUGUGGUUGAAGGCUACCAUGAUAAGUUGAUGUCUUUGACGGAGAAGCUUGUGGAAAAAAUAGUGAAUUUCCAGAUGAAGGAGGAUCGUUUUGCAUUUGUGAAAGAGAAGGUGGUGAGGAACUACGCAAACAUGCGGUUCAUGCAACCUCAUGGGCAGGCACACUACGAAAUCAAUCAUAUCCUGUCCCAUGGGGCAUGGCAUUUAACUGAAUGUCUGGAUGUGCUUCCGUCAAUUGACGCCCAGGCUUUCACAGUAUUCUUUCCUCGACUUCUCUCUCGAAUGUUUGUUGAGGCUCUCGUCGGAGGUAAUGUCACACGAAGCGAGGCCACAACCCUCAUGCAGCAUGUAGAGGAGACACUCUCAAAGGGGCCAUUGGUAAGCAUUCGAGCACCUUCGUUCUCCCAAAUGCCUGAGAGAAGGAUCAUGUGCUUGGAGGCUGGCACAGAAUGGCUAUACCCGACUGCAGGAUUUAACCCAGACGACGAGAAUUCCGCUGUUGGCAUCUUCUUCCAGGCUGAAAGAGACUGCUCUAGGUCGAAUGUGUUGCUUGAGCUUUUCACCAUGACGGCCAAAGAGCAACACUUCAACCAACUUCGAACAGUGGAGCAACUUGGCUAUUUCGUAGAUCUUUAUGAGAAACAUUAUGAGAACAUUCGAGGGGUGCAAAUUACAAUUCAGUCCACGAUAAAGGAUCCUACACAUCUGGAUCAAAGGACAGAAGCUUUUUUUCUUAUGUUCGAAAGGGAACUCCAGAAGAUGACUGAUGAGGAUUUCAAGAAUCAUGCAGCAGUUUUACUGGAUGUGAAGAUGGAAAAGUACAAAAACCUAUGGGAAGAAAGUGAUUUUUACUGGAGGGAAAUCAACGGAGGAUCGCUACAAUUCGACAGAAGUGACAUGGAGGUUCAGGCCCUGAAAGAGUUGAAGAAGGAAGAUCUGAUUGCCUUCUUCAACCAAAAGAUUCGAUGUAACGGCUCCGAACGCAAAAAGCUGAGCGUGCAUGUGUUUGGCAACCAACAUCAUCGGCAACUUGCCAUAGCGAAAGGCGAGGUAACAGUUCCCGCAAGCUACGGCAAUGGUGUAAGUAAUGGCCACGGUACAAGCAAUGGCCAUCAUCUCACAAGUAAUGGAACUGCUCCGGUAACAACGAUGGCGGACGCAGACUCAUGCAAACAUCUUCCCACAGGGCAGGAAGUAAUCGAAUUCCCCUUGAAGCCUGACAAUUUACAACACAUUUCCAGUACUUUGAAUGGUCAUAGUGAUCAGAGCGGAAGGACGCCCAUUCGCAUUGACAAUGUACAAGUAUUCAAAAGGUCGCAAUCCUUUUACUGCUCUCCCAAGGUCGCUCUCUGAACAAACCAGCUAGUGACAAUGUGCUCCAGUAAAGCCAGUGACAAUGUGUGAUGGAGAAUUAUGAGUUAAGCUGUACAUUCAUUCUUUUUUAGAUAACUUCAGCAAAUCGCCCGGCUGCGGGCACAUGUGCAGAUCUGCCAUAAACGGUACUAGAGUCUACCCUCCAUGGCAAGCAACAUUUUUUUACCUUGUAACAUAAUUUUUUAAAUCAUACUUCGAGAGUGUAUCAUAUAUUCACACUGA